AUGAUGCCUGCACCGAACGAUGGCAUAUUAACGGAGGAGAUAGUUCUCCGGUGUUCUCGGCAAUAUGACGUAGACGCCGUGCGGUUUGUUGUGCUGCACGGGUUGCGGUUGAGAAAAUUGGGGGAUGGUUUCGCUAAAUGUAGUGCAAUUGUGCGAUUGGAUAUCUCAAGGAACAACCUCACUAGUCUCUCUGGCAUUGAGCCGACCGCAGGUUCGCUGCAGUACCUCAACGCAGCGGAGAACCUCAUCACGGAUGUUUCCGCAGUAAAAGAGUGCAAAUUACUGGAGGUGGUGAUGUUGGAGGGGAACAGGAUUGGUAGCGAAGCUGCUCUCCGACCCCUAGCACAACUGCCUGAACUCCGCCAGCUUGUGCUAAAAAGGGAGGUAGCCUUAGAGGAUGCGGAUGAAACGUUGGAGUUGGACAAUCCCGUGUGCGAAAAGGGAGGGUACGAGGAGAUCAUACGCCGUUACUUUUCUUCGGUCAUGUUUGUGGACGGUUGUUAUAUGCUAAAUGAGGCGACUUCUGACGUUGUGACUAGCGUGUUCAAACCACUACCACCCCUUGAUACACUAAAAGCACCGCAGGAUAGCAAUGCAAAAGCUGACGUGGAGGAACGAUUGUUUGUAAACGUUGUCGCAGAGUGCGCUGAGGCUUGUCGGAAGGCGCUGGCAUUACGGUGA